UAUACGUCUUUUUCCGAUCAUAACAAUAUUCUGAUGAUGAUUAAAUUUUUGAUUACUGUGUCUAUACUUCUUGGUUAUGUGUAUGCAAAUAUGGCACCUAGUUAUCCUGAACCAGGGACUGUUUGGAAGGAAGGUCAUAACUACGAAAUAACCUGGUUUAACGAUAAGCAAGAGCCGUCUAUUGAUAAGGCUUGGAGGAAGUUUAAGAUAGAGUUCAUGACAGGUGAUAACUACGAUCAAAAAUUAUUGAAGGUUGUGGCUAGAGAUCUUGAUGGCACCCAAUUAAAGUCCUACAAUUGGACUGCACCUCAAGUAACUCCCCAUUCUGCUGUUUAUUUCUUCAAGUUUACCAACGAUAAAGGGCAAAGUGCUUGGACUACUCGAUUUGGUAUUGUAGGUGCAGAUGGUAGUCUUGAAAAACCAGAACAUAUUACUCAACCUGGGGGAGCGAAAAUUCCUUGGGGCGUUGGUAAAUUGGCAGGCAAGAAUGCUCAAGCAGUCAAAUCUUACCCUAUGACUCCUGCUAUGGCUACAGCUGCUGCUGAUAAUGCUAAUAUGGAGAUUGCAGUAUCUAAUAAUGCUUUCCCCAGUCUCCCAUCUAUGAUUACGAUAACAUCCCUAUUAUUAGCAGGCUUAAUAUUCCUUGCUUAGAGAUUUUCAAAAGUAUAUCAAAAAGCACCAAUUAGAAAGCCAUACUCCUAUUAUCAACCU